GUUAAGGGCGUAUUAAUUUUAUUACUAUUGUUAUUAUUAUAUAUGCCGGCAGAAAAUGCAUGGUGCAACUAGCCAGCAAAAUGUUUACUUUUAACAGCAUCCACUAUUGAGUGCAGCGAAAAAAAAUAUUAAAUGACCACAAUGUAGCCAGGUACUUCUUAUAGAUUUAAAAGCAAAUGGUUAUUGUCCGUUUUCAUCUUUGCCCUGAGCUUCAUUUAAGCAUAAGCGACACCGGUUGUGGAAGAUCACGCCUCUUCCGUGUCGGUCAAUGUUGCAUCAGAAUCCGGAGGCAAUGAUGGCAGCAUCAGGAGAGCUAGCCUUUGAUUAUGGCUUCUUGCUGCGUGUAACAGAAGAGCCCCCCAAUUUGGGGGCCCUGAACGAGUACCUGAGCAGCCGCAGUUACCUGGCCGGCUUUGGCCUGUCGCAGAUUGACGCGCAGGCCUUGGCGCGUCUCCGCGGGCCCCCUCCGCCGCAGUACCCCCACGCCCUGCGCUGGUACAGACACGUACAGGCCCUGCAGCUGGACCCCCAAACGUCCACUUCGGCCGCCGAUCAGUGCUGCAGUAAGGGGAAGAGAGUCCAGUCACCAUGGUCUCCACCAGAAAGGACAGAUGUACCUAAGCUGUAUCUCUACAACAGCCUUACACGUACAAAGGAGGAAUUUAUCCCUCAAGAAGGACGGAAAGUGAAGUGGUACUGCUGCGGACCUACUGUGUAUGAUGCCUCUCAUAUGGGUCACGCCAGAUCCUACAUCUCUUUCGACAUUCUUCGAAGAAUUUUGAUGAACUAUUUCAAAUAUGACGUACUCUACUGCAUGAACAUAACAGAUAUUGAUGACAAAAUCAUCAAAAGAGCCCGACAGAACUAUUUAUUGGAGCAGUACAAAGAGAAGAAACCAGCGCCGUCCCAGAUAUUACAGGAUGUCCUGACAGCCAGGAAGCCUUUCCUCAUCAAGUUAGCCGACACAACAGAUCCUGACAAAAAGCAGAUGCUGGAGCGACUGGAUGCAGCUGUGAGUGCUGCUCUGGGGCCCCUGCAGGGGGCAGUGCAGAGUCGAGCUGGAGACUCGGUUGUACAGGCCCACGCGCAGUUGCUGCUGGAGGAAUCAAGAGACCUGCUGUCCGAUUGGUUGGAUUCCCAGUUUGGCAGUGAUGUGAGCGAGAACUGCAUUUUUUCUAUUUUGCCCAAGUUUUGGGAAGAGGAAUACCACAAAGACAUGGAGGCCCUGAAUGUUCUUCCCCCUGACGUCCUUACCCGGGUCAGCGAGUACGUGCCUGAGAUCGUGGACUUUGUAAGGAAGAUAGUGGAGAACGGCUAUGGGUAUGUGUCCAACGGUUCGGUGUACUUUGACGUGGCCAAGUUUGACAACAACAGCAAGCACUCAUAUGCUAAACUUGUGCCAGAGGCAGUAGGAGAUCAAAAAGCCCUACAGGAAGGAGAGGGAGACCUGAGUAUCUCUGCAGACAGGUUGAGUGAGAAGAGGUCUCAGAUUGACUUCGCCUUAUGGAAGGCUUCUAAGCCUGGGGAGCCGUCUUGGGAUUCCCCGUGGGGCAAGGGGCGACCUGGUUGGCACAUUGAGUGUUCUGCUAUGGCUGGCUCCAUUUUGGGAGAGUCCAUGGACAUCCAUGGGGGAGGAUUUGACCUGCGGUUCCCCCAUCAUGACAAUGAGUUGGCACAGUCUGAGGCCUACUUUGAAAAUGACCACUGGGUUCGCUACUUCCUGCACACGGGUCACCUGACCAUCGCGGGCUGCAAGAUGUCCAAAUCCUUGAAGAAUUUCAUCACAAUCAAAGAUGCUCUAGCCAAACACACUGCUAGACAACUGCGCCUGGCCUUCCUCAUGCACUCGUGGAAGGACACGUUGGACUACUCUGAGAACACCAUGGAGUCUGCCAUCCAGUAUGAGAAAUUCAUGAAUGAGUUCUUCCUCAACGUUAAGGACAUACUCAGAGCCCCAACUGACCUCACGGGCCAGUUUGAAAAGUGGGAGGCGGCGGAGAUUGAGCUGAAUCAGAGCUUCUACGAGCGGAAGGCCAAGGUGCACGAAGCACUGUGCGACAACAUUGAUACCAGGACAGCCCUGGAGGAAAUGAGAGCCCUAGUCAACCAAAGCAAUACCUAUAUGGCCAACAGGAAGAAUGCCAAACUAGUACCUAACCGCUCUCUGCUUCAGAGCAUCGCCCUCUAUCUUACAGACCUGCUAAAGACUUUCGGAGCGAUUGAGGGCACAGAACCAGUUGGAUUUCCGGUGGGAGGAAGCGCUGGCAUGGAUCUGGAAAGCACAGUGAUGCCAUACUUGAAAGUCCUGUCUGACUUCAGGGAGGGAGUUCGCAAAAUCGCCAGGGAGCAGAAAGUGACCGAAGUGCUGGCUCUCUGUGACGCAGUGCGUGAUGAGACCCUCCCUGAACUGGGGGUGCGCCUUGAAGACCAUGAAGGCCUUCCCACUGUGGUGAAACUGGUCGACAAGGAGACCCUCCUGAAAGAAAAAGAAGAGAAGAAAAAGCUGGAGGAGGAGAAGAAAAGGAAGAGAGAAGAGGCAGCACAAAAGAAACAGGAACAAGAAAAUGCAAAACUGGCUAAGAUGAAAAUUCCACCCAGUCAACUAUUCCGGUUAGAAACAGACAAAUAUUCAGCUUUUGAUGAAACGGGUUUUCCUACACAUGAUGCUGAGGGAAAGGAAAUCAGCAAGGGUCAGAGUAAAAAGCUUCGCAAGCUCUAUGAAGCCCAGGAGAAGCUGCACAAGGAGUACCUGGAGAUGGUUCAUAAUGGCAACUAAGCAUACUGGGAAACGGCAGAGCCCAAAACAUGCACCGCUUCAGGCUGAGUCUGUGCAGGGCCGUGCCAUUAUUAUUUUACCCAGACUGUAUCGUUUUCUUAUUCCCGGGGAUCUUAAGGGCACCUGUGCAGCUGAUGAUUGGCCUUUAGCACAGCAUCCAAUUUUGUAAUCCUAUUCUUAAUAUGUUGAUGUAUAAUUUUUAUUAUGAAGAAAAUGGUCCAAUGAGCAACAUCAGCAAGCAACUAUUGAUUAUUAAAGAAAUGCAAAUUA